AUGGCGUGGAGUCGCAGACCUUCAAGACAAGUCGGCGUCAUGAUCAUGCAAAGCACAGUAAAUACCACCAAGCUGUCAUUUUUGCAACACAGUACACAGUCUGGGCGUGCGUCUUACACGUUGGAAUUGCCAAUCAAGACAGGUUCAGGAAUUGAGGGUCGAGGUGAUACUAGGAUACAGACCAAGCUUGAUUUAUUCAACUUGACCCUCUCGUAUGCACGCAGCAUGUAUGAAAAGGUCAAAACACGAAACGUAAAUUUCCCAAAGUUCCGCAGCGUUUGUACACCCCCAUUUGUCAGUUCACACGAGCGACUUGCGAGGAACAAUACCAGCGGCAUCCAAGCGCUGAACGAUAGAGCUGGAUCAAGAACCGCUCAACAGCAUUGCAAACAUGUGGCCUCUACGUCCACCCUAAAUGUUCGAUAA